AUGGCCCAGCCAUGUCGCCCUCAGCUUCGACGUCUCCCGGCUGGGCAGAAAUUCUGGUUUACGGACAGGAACAGUAGGAGGCGUAGUGUCAGGCCGGUAACUUUGUCUCCAAACCAAACAAGACAAGCCCGGGGUACCGGGCUUAUCUCGGCCCCUCCGGAUACUGCCGGGUUGUCCUCGCCUGGUGACCUAAUUCUGCAGCAGAGGAAAGAUGCGAUCCAGGCGGCGGUUCAGCAACCCGGCGAUGGCGGCCUUUUUUCUCAGCUCUCCAGUAACCCUUUCUUCACAGCGGGAUUCGGUCUCGCUGGUCUUGGAGCAGGAUUGAGCUUAGCUCAGAAAGGCGUUCGACAUGGUGCCGCCCUCCUUCGACGUCGGAUGCUCGUGGAUGUCGAAAUCAGCAUCAAGGACGAUUCUUAUCCAUGGUUUCUCCACUGGAUGACCCUCUAUCAACAAUCUCAACUUAAUGCCGCUCGCUCCGCAGCCAGCAGGUCUGGCUUCAUGGAAACUAUCCUCCAGAAACUGACACCGGGAAUGCGCCACCUGUCGAUACAGACGCAAAAGGUCGAACAUGCGAAUGGCGCUAUACACACACACUUUGCACUGGUCCCUGGCCCUGGAAGGCACGUUUUACGUUACAGGAAUGCGUUCAUUUUCACGAUCACAUUGACAACACUCUACUCACAUCGGCACAUUUUCGAAGAUCUGUUCAAAGAAGCUCAUGCAUAUGCGGCCAAGUCACACGAAGGCAAGACGUCUAUCUACAACAGUUGGGGCACGGAAUGGAGACUAUUUGGGCAACCGCGGAGAAAGCGCCCAUUGGACUCGGUGAUCCUUGACGAAGGUGUGAAGGAGCGGAUUGUGGAAGAUGUGAAGGACUUUGUUUCUAGCGCAAAGUGGUACCAUGACCGGGGAAUUCCCUACAGACGCGGCUAUUUGCUCUAUGGGCCACCUGGUACGGGAAAGAGCUCGUUCAUCCAGGCAUUAGCGGGAGAGUUGGACUAUGACAUUGCCAUCUUGAACCUGAGUGAGCGGGGGCUGACUGACGAUCGAUUGAAUCACCUGCUCACUAUUGUGCCGAACCGGACCCUCGUCCUAUUGGAGGACGUGGAUGCUGCAUUCUCGAAUCGGCGUCAAACUGAUACGGACGGGUACCGCGGCGCCAAUGUGACGUUUUCAGGCCUGCUAAAUGCCUUGGAUGGUGUUGCGAGUGCUGAGGAGCGUAUUAUUUUCCUCACAACAAAUCAUGUCGAGCGACUCGACGAAGCCUUGGUUCGGCCCGGUCGGGUUGACAUGACUGUCCGUCUAGGCGAAGUAACCCGCUACCAAGUCCGCUGCUUAUGGGAUAGGUUCUAUGGUGACCUCGACACAACCGGAUCUUAUAGGCAAGCAUUCCUCGACCGCCUGCAGGAAUUAGGCCUCAUAGAAGACGAGAAAGGCUUCAAAGCCGAUCGAUCGAGAAGUACAAGUGCUGCUGCUCUUCAGGGCUUGUUUCUGUAUAACAAGGGGAAUAUGGAUGGGGCAAUCGCAAUGGCCGAGGCACUCACACAUACAGUGCAUGAUUCGGCCGAGGGCGACCAUUAG